AUGGGGGCAGAAGAGGGCAGGUUAAGUGUUUUCCGCUGAUGUGUGCAUCAGUGAACAGAGAUGAAGCGUAUAUAUUGGGAGAGGUAAUGGUCAGAGUGGAAGGACAAGGUUCUUGCUACCAGCUGUUAAACACGCUGCGCAGCAUCUAGACGCAAAAGGUCUCAGCACGAAGCAUCAUGGAAUCUGCCAUCUGCACCCUUGUCACCGAGUUCAAGACGUACGCUGGGAAAGAUGGAUCCUCCAGCACCCUGAGCAAAGACGAAUUCCACAACCUAGUGUCCUCUCAGCUGCCCAACUAUGUCAAGAACGCCAGCGACCCCGGGGCCAUCGAGGAGCUCAUGGGCUCGCUGGAUGAAAACAACGAUGGGGAGCUGACUUUCUCCGAGUUCUGGCAGCUGAUUGGAAAACUGGCAAGCAAACAGGGGGGCUUUUAGUCAGUACAACUCGCCGUCUUCUGUCAAUAUGUGGUUUUGAGCAGAUUGUGCAAUCGGCUCAAGUGAAGCUGUCCGACUGUAAACUCAAAGGUAUUCGAAUUCUUUUAUCACUCCACCAGUGCCACAUGUGUAACUCUUUAGUUAACCAUUUGUUGAACGCAGGGAACUUUGAAUUAAAGGCUUCAUUGUCCUGAACCCUCAGCCACCAA